AUGGGUAUCCAACGCGGCGAUCAGACCACACCCGCGGCCUCUUCCGGUGCCUCGGAUCCCUUGGUACAGAAGUUCGGACAACUCCAUGUUCUUGACGAUUUGAUCCGACACCGAGCUGCGGAUUUUGUUCAACAUCCAAUCCUCGCAUAUCCAAAUUCAGAACAUGAUGCGGCAUCAUACAACUACUAUACUGGCCAAGAUCUGGACCAAAUGAUCGACCAGAUUGCUUCGGUACUGAUGGUCAAUGGUUUCCAACCACCGAAGCAAGAUGGCUGCACAGUGGCACUCCUUACGCUCUCGGAUCUCAACAUGGUAAUCACGUUCUUCGCUCUGAGCCGAUUGGGAUACACUGUGAUGAUGCUUUCCCCACGUCUGUCGGCAGUAGCAUGUGUCUCCUUACUCGACUCGGCUCAAUGCGAGACUAUUAUAUAUGGGAACACCGGAAGCAUUCGCACAACAAUUGGUGAAAUCUUGCAACAAAAAUUGGUGAGCUGUCGCCCAAUGCCAGUUGCAUCCCUCGACACUCUUGAAACGUCGCUUUUGGUCUUGCACCGCAAUCGCAAUCCCGAAGUUCAGAAGAACAAAAUUGCGCUUAUUCUCCAUUCUUCUGGUUCCACGGGGACUCCAAAUCCUCUAUAUCUCACACACCGAGCCUUGAUGACGCACCCACUUCGAGGGCCGGGGUUGACUUCCUUCAAUCCACUCCCGUGGUACCAUUUGCAUGGUCUCUCCACCGCAUUGCAGGCGAUGUGGAUGAAAAAGACAGCAUACAUGUGGAAUGCUGCAAUUCCUCUAACGGCUCAAUCUGUGGUUUCUGUGUUAGAGGUGGCACAGCCUGAGUCUGUAGCAGCGGUAACAUAUAUGCUACAGCUAUUAGUAGAUAGCCCACGCGGGAUCGCUUGUCUUAGAAAGUGCCAGCUUGUUACAUACGGAGGUGCGCCAUGUCCCGAUGAACUUGGCGAUCAUCUGGUGAGAGAAGGUGUGAAGUUUAGUGGUUCAUUUGGCUUAACCGAGGCAGGCUUGGUAGCCGAGUCAAUAUCGCGACCCGAGGGAGAUCCCUUUUGGAACUACCUCGAAUUCUUCGAAAAUAUCCGACCGUAUAUCUGGAUGAAGCCGAUCGGCGACUCUCUCUACGAAUGUGUGUAUUUGGCCGGCCAUCCAGCAUUGACAACAUCCAACUCAAGUGAACCGCCCGGUUCGUUCCAUUCGAAAGAUGUAUUCACGCCACAUCCAACAAUCCCAAAUCGAUGGAAAUAUGCAUCCAGAUUGGAUGACAGAGUCACACUUGCGAACGGAGAAAAGGUGCUCCCACUUCCUAUUGAGGGUUUUAUCAAGCAGAACAGUCUUAUCCAUGAAGCUGUAGUCGUGGGGCUAGGCAAAGCGACCCCGGGUUUACUUGUCAUUCGUUCGCAGGAAGCCGAGAGUCUUGGUCUCAGCGACCAAGAAUUCCUCCAAGCCAUCUGGCCUACGGUCGAGGAGGCGAACUCCCGCGCAGAGCGUUUCUCUCAAAUAUCAAUCGAUCUGGUCGCCAUUCUCCCCUUUGAUUCCAAAUUUCCACGAACCGACAAAGGAUCUAUGAUCAGAGCUCAGGUUUAUCUGCUCUACGCAGAUCUGAUCGAGAGUGUCUAUUCACAGGCUGAGAGGGUCAGCGGGAACCUUCGAUUAAGUCUUGUCGAAACAGAAUCACUCUUGAUGAAUCUCUGUCGUGAUGAACUACGAAUUAUCCUAUCUAGUGUUGAGGCGAAUUUCUUUGCGGAGGGAGUUGAUAGUCUGAGGGCAAUCCAGCUCCGAAGACUAAUUCUCCAAAACUUCUAUUUCGAGAACCAGGAAAUCAACCUCAACAUGGUAUACGAUAGUGGGAGCAUUGCCUGUCUUGCUGCAAAUAUAUGCGCUCUCCAGCGAGGCGAGUCUGUGACAUUGACCGAAGACGACCAGACGGCGAUAUCGGAUUUGAUCCAGAAAUAUUCGUCUUUUCAAACCCAUAUUUCUCAGCUCAAUCUUCCCUCAAACUCCAAAUACGUGGUUCUGACGGGCGCAACCGGUUCAAUUGGUGCACAUGUCUUGUAUGAGCUUCUUAAAGACGAUUCUGUUUCAGCAGUCUUCUGCCUGACUCGACAGGCAUCGCCGGUAGAGGCUGUUAUCCAGAGUCUCAUCGCAAGAGACCUACAUGUCACAGUCGACCAGAUAUCAAAGAUAAUAUCUCUAUACAGCAUCUUAGAUCAGAAAAACCUCGGUCUCGACGAAGAGACAUUCAAUCAAAUACAAAGCACAACGACACACAUCAUCCAUGCCGCAUGGCCCGUCAAUUUCAACCUCCCACUCUCCGAGUUCGAAUCACAUAUCCACGGACUCCACAAUCUCAUCCAGCUAUCCCUCUCAGUCCCACAACCCAACCCAGCAGUUCUACUAUUCUGCUCAUCAAUCUCAACAACCCUCCAGUCCGUCGGAGAAAUUCCAGAAGCCCCAGCCAACCUCACCGACGCAUACAUGGGCUACGGACAAUCCAAAUUGAUCGGCGAGCACAUCGUGGCCAACGCCCGCAAUUCAGGAGCAAACGCCUACUCCCUUCGCAUCGGCCAAGUAUCCGGUCACUCGAAGAAGGGUCUGUGGAAUGACUCGGAGGCUUUACCACUGCUCAUCCGGUCGGCGUUGACUUUGAAAGCAUUGCCAGAUCUAAAUCAUACUUGCAGUUGGAUUCCAGUUGACAAGCUAGCCUCUACAAUUGUGGAGAUAGCCCAAACAUGUACCCGUCCAAGUUUGACAUCGAGUUCUCCGCAUAGUGAAAGCAGUCAAGAUGAAAAUCACAUUUCUAGCUUGAUACCAGAGAAGCUGGCGAAUGGGCACAACGACUCGCUCUAUAACGUGUGUAAUUCUCGUGAAUUCACAUGGUCAGCAAUGCUCUCCACUUUGAAGCAAAACGGAUUCCAAUUCGAGAUUGUCAGUUUUGAGAAAUGGAUACGAGCACUUCGCGAAAGCGAAGAGCGGGGUGAAGAGCAUAUCAACCCUGCAGUCAAGCUGAUCGAUCAUUAUGAAGCAAUGUACGGUGCUGAUUCAAAGCUUGGGCCGAGGAGAUUUAUCACGGAGAAGGCCGAGCGGGACAGUGUUACUUUGAGAAAUGGAAGGUUGAGAAUAAUUGAGGAUGGAAUACUGAAUUGCUACGUGCGAGAUUGGAUGAAUCGCUGGAUGAAAGCCUAA